UCUUUUAUUGUAAUUGAAUAAAUGGUUACACGAUGAACGCUGGUGAUCCUACUUGUGUAUCGCAGCACUUUGUAAAUAAAUUAAACAUAAGAUCAUUUGGAAAUUGUGUAAAACUUAAUAUUUUGAAGACUGAAGACGAUACAGCUUUCCUGCAUCAAGUUUUACGAGACGACCAGUUGAUAAGAGAAACACCAAAGGACUUGUUAGCUAUUCUGAAUAGUUUAAAGAAGAAUUUGUACAACACUUCCAAACUAGACUUCAGGAACUUUUUUUCUAAAAUAACUCAAGAUGAGGGUUUGUCACCGGUUAAAAAGGAAGAAAUUUUCAACUGCUGCUCAAAUGCUUUGUAUCAAAUUCUACCCAAAGCUUUAUUAGAAAGUAAUCAUAAUGCGAAAAUAUUUAGAAAACUUGUGAAAACUGUCGUUUUUAGCAUGAAGAGACAACAUAUAAUAGCUUCAAGGAUGGUGGAAAACUGGGAUUUCACUGUAAGCCCUUGGAAUACAUUAUCAAGUGAUAAAAUGCGAAAUAUUCUGAACAACAUAUUAUAUUGGAUACUGAAAUAUAUACUGUCACCAAUGCUGUGCUUAAACUUUUACAUCACAAGUUGUAAAUUUGAUGCUGAUGAAAAUAAACUGUAUUUCUUUUGGAAAAGUCAAUGGCAAAGUUACUAUGAUAAGCAAAUACUGAAAAUGGUUAAAUUGAAAACUCUUCAGAAAUGUGAUAUUUACUCUUUGGGAAAGAAAUUCAAAAUGAUGUACAGUCUUCAUGACAUACUGAAGUUGAAAGCCAUGAAUAGAGAGAUUCCGAAGUUGCACUUUGUUUUAAAGGGUAACAAAGAUUGCCGGCCAAUAGUUCGGUAUAAGCAGGACAUACACACUCCAGCAGACAGAUACAGAAUGAGAGAAAGAAUGGCCUUAUUAAAAGCACUCACUGGAAAGCCCAAUGAAAGAUUAGAAAGUCAAUACAACACUUUAUACCGAGAAUGGAUCAGACAGAACAAACCUGUACUGUUCUUCGUAAAAACAGACUUAAGCAAUGCCUUUGGUUCCAUAAAUAAAGAAAAACUCAUGAAGAUACUAAAUGAGAGACAUUGCAGUUUCCAGAAUGCUGAAACCAACUUGAAUAUGAAGAAAAAAAUUGCCCAGCAAUAUAAAGAAAUGGUCACAGAGCUCCAUAAGCCUCUCUUAGUCCGAGCAGGCUCCACUAUUUACGAGUGGAGACAGGGUUUGAUCCAGGGCUACAAGUAUUCACCAGCUUUAUCUGAGCUCUACUACACACACCUUGAUGAAACUUAUUUCUCUCAUUUACAAAAAUCAUCAUCACAACUGAGACUCUUCAUCAGAGUAGUUGAUGACUAUUUGUAUAUCACCGACUCUCUUGAAGAUGCAUUUUCGUUUCUCGAAGCUUUGUCAAACUACAGCAAUGUGAACUAUGGGAAAACUAUGAUAAAUUUCUCAUAUCCAGGGAUACCAUCAUGUAGAACAAUUAAUUUCCUUGGAUACAGCUAUGAUACAAAUACCAUGCAAGUGAGUCGAGCUAGCAAUGUGUAUGCAGGACAAAUGUGCUAUAAGAUAUCCUUUUCCACGGCCAUAUGUAACCCUUACAAGUUACUUGAGAACCGUAUAGGCCAGUCUGGGAUACAAAUAAAUGGACACCUGUUCAAUCUGUCUCACAACACAGAGGAGCUGAUUUGGAAGCACAUAUUCACCACAUUUUGCCUGUCUGCUAACAAGUUCUGUACCAUAUUAGCUAUACUGUGUAACCAGAAUGACAUAUUGGACUACCUGCCUCUGUACAAGAAGCGUGUGGUAGUAAAACUUAGCAACUCUAUAUUGGAAACUCUAAAGAAGAAUACACCCGCUGAAAUCAUGUUUGUAUAUUGUAUAAACCACUUGCGAUACUUAGCGUUUAAGGCGUUAAGUCUAUGUGCAAGCAAGACAUCAAAAUGCAGUGUACUAGUUGCACCAGUGAAAGACGAAUUGGCCAAAUGCAAUUGCAUUUUUGGCAAAUGGAGGGAACACUCAAGUAGGAUCGAUUUUGAUGGGAAUUGCAGAAUGAAAGCAAUUCGUGAAGUUUGUAAGAGGGCAGAUCUGAAGAUCAUAAUGAAAACUUUUGAAAUUCUGCCCGAAAGCUUCCAAUGUUACAAACAUAUAGACUGACUUACA